ACGAUGGAGAGAGAGAGAAGGUAAAGGGGAUGAGAGAGAAACCCAGAUAGAACAGAAGAAAGUCACAGUGAGAGAGAGAAGAGAGAGAAGAGAGAGAAGAGAGAGAAGGCUUACCCUCGACUCGAGUCCCCCCAAAAAUGUCAGAGAAACAGACCAGAGCUUAGAGAAAGAACAGCAGAAGAACAUUUUUGUUUUCUAUCCUUUAUUCCUGUUCUUGUUCUUGUUUCAAUCGGCAGAUGAAUCCGAGCAAAAUUGAAGAGGAUCUCUUCCACCACCAUCGUCUUCACGAUGAUCUGGACCCACUUACCACCCAGAUCAUUGAAUCUCAGCCGUCCAUUACCAAUUCGCACCACGGCGAGCCGCCGUUCUCGCUGCCGGAAAUUGUGCUCUUCCGGUCGCCUUCGCCGUCGUCCCCGAGCAACUCCUCCUCCGACGAUUCCCCGACUCACUCCACUCGUUUGAGUCAACUCGCCCCGAACCCUACAUCCACUUCCCAAAAUCUCCACGAACCGCCCCUCUACAUCUCGCCCGAGCCUCACAUAUCGUCUCAGUUCUACACCUUCAAUCCCGAGUCGCACUCGCUCAUGAUCCGCUGCAUUCUCGAGCACCGCCUCGCGACGCCGUGUGAGAUACGCGCCGCCACGUCGCGCUCCGUCCUCAAGUCGUGGCGCACCGUGUGGAAGGACCGGAACGAGGACACCGCUUAUCUCACCGCUUGGAAGAGAAUCCAGGACAAGCUCACGGCCACGGUCGACGAAAACGGUAACGAAUUUCUCUAUUUCAAGAACAAUACUCAGCAAUUCGUCUCGCAUAUUAGUCAAUGGCAGGACAUUGUUACCAGUUUUCAUGGCGAUACGGACUUGAAACAUUUAGGGUUAAAGGAAACCAUAGAGAGAAUUAAGCAGGUUUGGACUGUAGGGGCUAAAUUUUAUGGGAUUCCUGAGAGUUACAUUAGGGUUUGUGUUGCUGCUUGCCCUGUAUGCAACUCCGCGUCCUCCGCAUCGGGUUCGAGGAGUAAGCGGCGGAGGUUUGAGUAUACGGAUACUCUUGAGGUGCCUGCGAAGGAAGUGCCGCACAAGCUUCAGCAACUGGCUGCUAAACAUAAGGUGGUGCUUUGCAUUAGGCAGAAGUAUAUUAGGUAUAAGCCUUUCAUGGCGGAGGUUAAGGACUAUGCUUGUCAUAGGGCAGGGGAACCUGCUACCAAGAAGUCGAAGAUUUUGAAAAGAGAGCCAUAUGCAUCAAAGAGAUGCGGGUGUGGGUUUCGUAUUCGAGCCAUCGUACCCAUAACCAAUUACAACGAGAAGGAUAAGACCUUUGUGUAUCAGGACGAGGGUGUGGCAGUGUUCAAGUUGUAUGCCGUGCACUCAGGGCAUGAACCCGGGCCAUUGGAUGGAAAUGCGAGAAUUAUGCAUCGUGUGAUUGGGCACAAAGGUGGGCUGUUAAUGGAUCAUGAUACAGUUUAUGGGGUGAGUGAGGAAAUGGAAAAUGAGGGAUUUAGACUGAUGGGGAAGGAUGAAGGAGAUUUGCAGCUUUCUAUCUUGCAGCAGGUGCAUGAGGCAAGAAACGAACUUGAGUUGUUAGAAGGGAAACUUACGAAGGUUCCACAUGAGCUGUUGGGUUCAGUGUCCCGCGAUUUGUCUGAUGUUUUAAAUAAACUUAGGAGUAUAAGAGAAGAGAAAUUGGAGCCCAUCGAGUUGCUUGCAGACAAGCCUCAUUCAGAUGAUGUGUUAGAUGGGGAGAAUGAUUUGGCACAUUGGAGCAAUCACCAUCACGAACGUUUAUAUGGGGAUGCCAAAGACGGUGAAUUGAUUGAGGAUGACGUAGACAGUUUUGGUCAAACCCUUCGGGACGUCGUUCCUUGGGAGGACCAUAUGAGGACAGACUGUAGGAGUCAGAAAGAACUGACAAGUGAGCCUUGCAAACCUGAAAGAUGGUUUAAAUGCACCGACUUUAAUGAUAAAAGUCUUCUUGGCUGCGAGGAUACAAAACUAAUCAAGCCCAUGAGACACGACGAGAGCAUGGUGGCAGAUGUAGGUCUUGUUGGUAUGCAUGUUGACGGAUUUUACCCAGAGAACCCUAAAUGGUACGAUUCCCCUUGUGAUCUGGACUCUAAUGCAGAUUGUGGAGAUAGUGGAUUCAAGCACGGGGAGAUUGUUUAGGCUCUCGAAGAGCCCUGUGACCUUUUCUAGUAUAGUCAUGAGCUUACGGCUCUCUCAUUUGCACAUCCCCACUGCUGGAAUUAGGAAGGGGGGCUGUACAUUAUGUAUACAGGAGAUUGAAGCCUCAAGUGAGCAUCGUCAUCCUUGUUCAUUGUAUUUUUGUAAAGUUUCGCUAACUGACUACUCUAUACAGACUCUACUCAUCAAUAUUUGUUACCCUGGUCUGGGCCUUCAAAUUUUUUUGAUACCACUGACCAUUCCUAUCCAAUCUUAUUCAGAUACAUGAAGAUUUCUUUUUCUUUUUUUCUCUUUUUGCUCUUCUAGAUAUGGUUUGCCUCGUAUUGUUUUGUGCAUUUCUGCACUUUCUGCUCUCUAAAUUCCAAUGUCCGAUGACUCGAGACUCCCGAAUUGCCUAUAUAUACUUCAGGACGGGCUGGUUUUAGCUGCAGGAUGUAUAGACUGCUACCUGUACAAAGCUCUGGUCUCCCCCAUACUCCUUCAGAAGAAAGAGUGAGAAGAGAGCUCUGUGAUGCGUUGACAUUUUAUUUAGAGAAUGAUUUUCAGAGUUAUCGAUACCUUGCUUAUGUUCAUGAUUUAAAGAAGAUUCUUACUGCAUCUCAUUGAAUAUGUAAGCACUAACGAUUAUAUGCUUGAAUUUAGCUUUUACAUCAGAUGUUGGCUUUUCAAGUUAUGAGGUUGGAUCUCUGAAUAAUACGUUUAUAGCUAUUUGGUGUAGGCUUUAGUUCUCUUUCCUGAGUUUUUACCAACUAUUGAAUGAUCUCCAUUGCCUAUCAACGGGGUUUUUAUGCAUCGAAAACUACUUUAAAAUGGCAUUGUUCUAGUUCCACAGAUAUAAUCCUUAUCCCUAAGACUUCCUUCUCUACAUUUUAGAUUUCACUCUGAGAUGUAUGAUGAACUUUCUGAGUGCUUUUGUUUAUUUGUGUCCUGUUUCUGAAGCUUGCGACAACCAUUGAUGUGGGAUAUUUCAUUUGAUGUUUCUCUUUAGUCUUGACCAUUCUAUUAUUUAACAUAGCUUCCUAUUGACUGUAUAAUUUACUUUUUAAAUCUUAUAAAGAUAUAUAAAUGCUCUGCCAUCGUUGGACUUGCCCUGUACAGUUACGACAUCGUUUAUUCAGCAUAUCAACAUGACUAUCAUUGUCUAGAUUAACAGAAAACAUUGCGUUUCAUGGUCGUUUGCACAUCAUUCUGAUAUAGCUUAUGAACUGAUCAUAGUCAAUGAACACUUGCAUGAAAAUUUGUAUAUUGGUUUUAUGGCCUCAGUUCUAUGUUUCUUUGUGAAAUAUGGAAACUGUGUGUGUUAUAAGAGCAAACUGGAUUAGUUCAUACGUGCAAAGCCUUUGUCUGUACACAGAGAAAGCAGGAAUUCUACCUGCCCGACAACCAACUUCGUCGGGUUUGAAGGAUCAGUGGCUGUAAACUGAGAGGAAGCCGGGGAGGCAUAUUCCUCCCUGGACAACUGAAAUCCGGGGACGAAAGAACUAAUCUGCCAACUUGGGUUUGGAAGGCCAAAUACUGAAGUACCUCAUCUAGUAAGGUUUGUGCUUAAUGGUUUCCUUUUUUUGCAGCUGAAAGCAAGGAGCCAUCCAGCUUCAAGUAUAUAUAUACGGAUUAGUGGUGCUUAUAAAUGGAAGCUCAGCUGCAUCAGCUGGUUUAAAGGAACGAGGAUUAGAAUGUCUUAACCAAUUGGGCUAUGCUUAAGUUGACAUUUUCACCGAGGAUUUGAUGUGGAUGGAUGGUCGGUUUCCAUAAAAAAUAACAAUGAAAUGACAAUAAUCAGUGUUGAUGCAUAGUAGAAUGAGAUGUUUUUCUGACUUAAUGUCACAGGUGCCUUAUGAGUUGUGUGAUCUUGGUUUAACAAAGGUUAAUUUCUUGUUCUGUUAGAGAGUUUAGUUUAAAUUUUGUUUCUAUUUUGUUUUUGUUUUUAGUUUUAUCCUUUUUUUGGUGAAAAUAUGUUUGAGUGAKUAUUUAUAAAACUUGCUUUCAUUUA